UAGUAAUGGCUAUUCACAGACUUGUGGAAAUAAUAAGAAGACAACUGUACAAGGGUUUUAUGAAAGAAAUAUUAAAGAGAAAGAUGGCUACAUUAGUACAUUAGACCAGCUUUCUUUGGAAAGCGCCUCUUCGAGGCAUGUGAAGGGGCUUAUUCCUCCCUCUUUGCCCUCUACUCCGCGAAUAUUUCUACAAAGUCGGCUUUUACAAUGUAGUAUUAUGUUAAAAAUGAUUAUUAUUAUUAAUAAAGUUGAUAUUGCAUCCAACGUUCCACCUGGCCAGAUUCAGACUAUUAGCCCUACAUUAGAGGAGUAUGGUGUCUUUGUUAGAAAGCAUCAUCUCAUUUCCAAAAUCAAAAUAAGUUUGCUUUCACGUGAGCAUACGCCAAUCAUAUCACGUAAUCACAACGCGACACUUUUUAACGCGUUCGUUUCAAAAUUGGUGAUAAAAGAUACGUCCUUUAAUUCUCCCCGAGAAAUUCGUAAUGAAGAAAAGCCCAAGGAAAGACUCAAAACUUCUUUCCCGAACCCUUUCAUCUCUUCCGAAGAAUACAUUGAACGCUCACAAGAAGCUCGUUCCAUUAUUGCACGUGGUCUCUCAUCAAAUGAAGACAGUCAAGCUUUCCAGAUUGAUAAGCCCGACGAUGUCAUUCUAGCCACUAGAAAAAAGAGAAGGGUGAAUGGAAAUGUAUCCAAAAAUGAUCAAACCCAUUUGGAAGAUGACUCCGUUUCUCAUGAAAGCACGCCAAGUUUAGUAGAUCAAAAGGAUGAAUGUAAUAUAUUACCCACUCAGAAAGAACCGCCACCAGAGAUUGUUGAUUAUUAUGAAUUAGCUAACAAAAGCACUGUGCAAGAUGACGGAUUUCGAACCCCUCCUCAUCAAAUUGUCAGUAACACAUACAACCCAGAAAUAUCAAUUAACGAAAAUAUACUAAGAAUGUCUGCUAUGAAUUUGGCCAAGCUGGACGAAUCCAAGUACUUCGGGGAAUUUAUUCCGUAUUUUAUAAAAUAUAAGAACUCCCAGAAAAAUAAUCCAUUUUCAGGAAACAGCGGGUUUGCUAAAUUUUUGUCAGUUGAUGAUUAUAUAGAAUUACUAUCAAAAAAACCAAAGAGGAGAGUUGAAUUACCAGAAGGUUGGCGUAAUGUUAUUGAAGAAUAUUAUAAGGAAACAACUGAAAGUGGGUCGGUAAAAAGUAUAUCUGAUUGGAUUCGUAUUACAGAAGAACUGGGAGUUGUAAAAGAGGAAGAUAACAGAGAACUAAUAAAACUAAAAAAAUAUUUGAAUCGAGUUAUGCUUCCAUUGAUUGAAUCAUUCUCAAAACAAGUCCCAGAUAUCAGUGCCCCAGACAGUAGUGAGCAUCAUUAUUGGUCAGAAUUUGGACAUCAUUUUUUCUCAAGGGCAUUACAAGAAUUUGUAGAUCUUGAUUGGCGGGCCAUGGAAGCUCCUGUACAGGCCUCGAAAUAUAGAAAAAAUUAUGGAAAUAAUCAUAUCAUUGACACAGUGGUUGAUGGAAAAUAUGCGGACCUGUUGGCGCGGAUGUGGAAAACUGGUGAAGAAAUUUUCGUCGGAGAACAAGCCGGACCUCCCACUCGAUGUGAUCUAACAAAAUUAGCAACCGACUCUUUUAAAUUGUAUAGAGAAAUGAGAGAUUGUUUAAAUGUUAGAAUUUUACGGGCCAUGGGAAAGGGUGAUGUGAAUUACAAUAAUCGAUCUGUUUUCGGAAUAUUGGGUUUUCUUUUUGAAAUCAAAAUGUUCAUAAUGUGGAAAGAUGGAGCAUACAUAUAUGAAGAAUAUGGAAGUUUAAACAUUGCUUCUAACCUAGGUCAAAUUUCUGAGAUGAAAUCAGGUAUAUUAAGGCUAUUGGAAUUUAUGAUGAUCAUUAAAACCGAAACGAAAAAUAACGUGGAAACUGAACUCGAAAACUGUGAAAGGGCUUUGGGAUCGGAAUCAGCGGAGCUGGCACGACCAAAUAAAAGCUCGGACAAAGCAUCCCAAUCGCAUAAAAAAAAGGGAACAGAGAAUAUCGUUCAAGUGAUAGUUGAUGGCAUGUUAUUCCAGAGACUCGAAGCUUUGCUUCCUCAAAUCAUGUGA